CGAGAAACUUCAAUACUUCAAUGAUCCUUUCACUGAUUAGUCUCGCACACUUUGAUGUACGGACUGUUACGAUCAAAUCACAGUUUCCAGGUCGGAAUACGAAUCGUCCCUCACUUCCGAUGUGGAUCGCCGCGGUACAAGCAUCACCUUCACCCGUUCCGACAAUCACUUUCUCUCAAUUUACUUUUAAACCCAAAUGUUUCCGUCGUCCUCUUGUUGCGAAACUGCCGUUCCGUUUACGUUUAUGUUCGUAUCGGAGAAAGCUAGAAAUCCCGGCUACAAAGAAGCAAACUUCACAGUUGGAAGAGACUCAGAAACCAACUGAGAGCAAAAUUGUAUCACUGUCUAAGAAGGAAGAUGGAGAGUCUGACUUUGGUUGGUUACCUGUUUUUCCUCAUGUGCUGGUGGCUUCCAUGGCUAACGUUCUCUUUGGAUAUCACAUAGGGUUAAUGAAUGGUCCGAUAGUAUCCAUUGCACGGGAGCUUAGUUUUGAAGGAAAUUCACUUCUUGAGGGACUUGUGGUCAGCAUAUUCAUAGCUGGCGCAUUUAUUGGAAGCAUAAGCUCUGGAUCACUGGUUGAUAACCUUGGAUGUCGGGGCACAAUUCAGAUUGAUACGCUUCCAUUAAUUCUUGGGGCAAUUUUAAGUGCACAAGCCCACUCCUUGGAUGAAAUGCUUUAGGGAAGAUUUCUUGUUGGCCUUGGUAUUGGUGUGAACACUGCCCUUGUUCCAAUUUAUAUUUCAGAGGUUUCACCAACAAGGUAUAGGGGUUCAUUGGGAACCUUGUGUCAAAUUGGCACGUGCAUAGGAAUAAUCGCAUCCCUGUUCUUAGGAAUUCCUUCUGAAAGUGAUCCACAUUGGUGGAGAACGAUGUUAUACAUUGCAAGUUUCCCUGCUUUUAUCCUUACAUUUGGAAUGCAGUUUGCUGUUGAGAGUCCCCGCUGGCUAUGCAAAGUAGGAAGAUUGGAUGAUGCUAAAACUGUUAUCCGCAACCUCUGGGGAAAGUCUGAAGUUGACAAAUCAAUUGAAGAAUUUCAGUCGGUUAUUAGAAAUGAUGGUAGUGAUUUGGAGAGCAGCUGGUUGGAACUCCUUGAGGAGCCUCACAGGAGAGUUGCUUUCAUUGGAGGCGCACUUUUUGUACUUCAACAGUUUGCAGGCAUAAAUGGAGUUCUCUAUUUCUCAUCCUUGACUUUUCAUGAUGUUGGCAUUACAAGCAGUGCUUUGGCAAGCUUAUUAGUUGGAUUUACCAACUUUGGAGGGGCACUGUUUGCUUCAUACUUAAUUGACAAGCAAGGAAGGAAAAAGCUUCUGAUAGGAAGCUACUUGGGAAUGGCAGCUUCGAUGUUUCUAAUUGUUUAUGCCAUCAGUUCUCCAUUGGAUGAGCAACUUGCUCACAACUUGUCAAUACUAGGAACCCUCAUGUACAUAUUCACCUUUGCUGUAGGUGCAGGACCAGUUACUGCUCUUAUUAUUCCAGAGCUUAGCAGCACCAGAACACGUGGGAAAAUCAUGGGCUUCAGUCUCUGUGUUCAUUGGGUUUGCAACUUCAUGGUGGGUCUGUAUUUUCUCGAGCUGGUUGAUAGAUUUGGAAUUUCUCCGGUUUAUGCAAGCUUUGGUGGAGUUUCCUUGCUUUCAGCGAUGUUUGCUAAUAAUUUCAUUGUCGAGACAAAAGGGCGCUCUCUUGAGGAGAUAGAGAUGUUGUUAAAGCUGGCAGAAAAAAAGUAAGUAACCCAAUUCUACUCCAAAGGAAAUGAGAGAAUAGAGAAAACAUGGUAUAGAGGAUGCCGUGAUAAAAGGGCGAUUUUUGCAUAUCAGUAUUUUCACGCAGGCUCAAGUGAGUUUUGAAGACUUGCUUCGCUGCUUCAAAAGCAUUACCCAAAUUGCUAGUUCCAUAAUGAGUCUUGCGUGGCUGUGCUGGUCAGGAUUGACAUGAGUAGCAGUGGGAGACCAAACUCAUCUGGAUGCUUACUGCUGGAAUACUCUAUUGACCAU